UUUUCUGUGGCCCGGCUCCGCUAACCCUGCUCCGGUCUGUGUAUCUGCGCUUUCGGCCCUGCUGUGCCUGGGCGAGGAGGCCGUUGUUGGCUCGCGGGCCCCCGGCGCGGUUGUCAGGGCCUGGUGCAGGGACUGAUCGCCUUGACCUCCCUCCCGACUUCUCCGCCUCAGAGGUCCCUGGGAGCGGCUGCGGCCCUCCGGGGACUCGGCCCGGGGCAACCAGGGGCCCAUCCCCGCUCGGGGCUCGGAUGGGAGGCGGCGGGAGGUGCGGUCUGGCAUGUUCAGUCUGAUGGCCAAUUGCUGCAGCUGGUUCAAGCGGUGGCGGGAGCCCAUCAGAAAGGUGACUCUUGUGAUGGUGGGACUUGAUAAUGCUGGUAAAACGGCAACGGCAAAGGGAAUCCAAGGAGAGUAUCCUGAAGAUGUAGCUCCUACUGUUGGCUUUUCCAAAAUUGACCUUAGACAAGGAAAGUUUGAAGUCACCAUCUUUGACUUGGGAGGUGGAAAAAGAAUUCGGGGAAUCUGGAAGAACUACUAUGCUGAGUCCUAUGGGGUAAUAUUUGUUGUGGAUUCCAGUGAUGAAGAGAGAAUGGAAGAGACAAAAGAGACAAUGUCGGAAGUGCUAAGACAUCCUAGGAUAUCAGGAAAGCCUAUACUGGUGUUGGCAAAUAAACAAGACAAGGAAGGGGCUUUAGGAGAAGCUGAUGUGAUUGAAUGCCUGUCUCUGGAAAAAUUGGUCAAUGAGCACAAGUGCCUAUGUCAAAUAGAACCUUGUUCAGCAGUCUUGGGAUAUGGAAAGAAAAUUGACAAGUCCAUUAAAAAAGGCCUUUAUUGGCUGCUACAUAUCAUUGCAAAAGACUUUGAUGCCUUAAAUGAACGCAUCCAAAGGGACACAACAGAACAGCGUGCUCUUGAAGAACAAGAGAAACGAGAAAGGGCUGAACGAGUGAGAAAAUUACGAGAAGAGAGAGAACAAGGAGAACGAGCGCAGGCGGAACUGAAUGGAACCAGCAGCCUAGCUGAGUUGGACCCUGAACCAAUUAUUGUUAAUCCUUUCCAGCCAAUAGCAUCUGUCAUCCUUGAGAAUGAAAGAAAACUUGAAAAAGAGAAAAAGAGACAAAAUAUGGAGAAAGACAGUGAUGGCGGCCCCCUGAAACAUAAAGUGGAGGAUGAGCAAAUAGAGACACAGAGCCAGAUCAGUGACAGUAGCCAAAAAAACAAUGAGCUUGGAAUAGUAGAAAAUUAUAAGGAGGCAUUAACACAGCAGUUGGAGAAUGAAGAUGAUACAGACCAGCGAUCAUCAGAAUCAGAUAACAGUAAAAAGAAAACUAAGAAACUAAGAAUAAAAAGGAGUCACCGUGUAGAACCUGUUAAUACAGAUGACUCUGCUCCUAAGAGUCCAACACCACCCCCACCUCCUCCUCCUGUUGGCUGGGGAACCCCCAAAGUCACUAGACUUCCAAAACUUGAGCCUCUUGGUGAAACACGUCAUAAUGAUUUCUACGGAAAGCCACUGCCUCCCCUGGCUGUGCGACAGAGACCUAACAGUGACUCUCAUGAUGCGGUUUCGUAACCGAGUCACGUGCGUGCACUCUUUUAAUGCAGGCAAGAUCAACUAGAGGACCUUUUCUCAGAGAGGAAAAACCCUAAACAUUGAUGACUGGGGCAAGAUAACUAUAGCAAUUUCAGUAAGGAGAUGAAUAGCCAAAGACCUGACUGAUCUGACAAUUAUCCAUGUUAUUAACUGUUAAAAAAAAAAAGGAAGCAAAAUGACCAGUAGAUGGGAUGAGCAUUUGAAUCAAGUUAGCAGGAGUUACUGUUGACUCUGGAUUUUACAGUUCCACUCAUGGGCAUAUUCCUCAAGGAAAACCUCUUCAGAAAAAGAGUCAAUGGACUCUGCACACUUUCUUUACUAUUUGUUUAAUAGUCUUUGUUACUGUAUCUUACACAUUUUUUGUAAGAUACACGUGCAUGGAAGGGGAACUCUUGGAAAUUAAUAACCUAAGUUUUUAACUUUUUAUAUUUUUCUAAAACUGAUAAGAAUUUUAAUUACUAUGAUAUUGACUGCACUUUUCUAUAGAUGCUUUGUUUAAAUUGUGUCUGAAAUGGAGUUGACAAACAUGAACUAUACAAACAGGACAAAUUUAUAUGGUUUCAGGUAUGUUUUAUGAUAGUAUUGUUCUUGAAGUGUACAUCCUAAUUGUACCUAAUUUUAAAGUAAUACCUUUUUAAAAUAGAUUCUUAGAUCUUUAUUCUUCCAAAUUAUGUUAUCUGCAAACACUACCCAAGGAGGGUUCAUUUUGUUGUUUGCUUUCUUUUGGUGAUGAUCACAAUAAAUGAAAGAGGCUUGAAAUACU